AUGCUUUUCAAGUCUCUUGCUCUCGUGGCUGGUGCCACUCUUGCGGUCGCUGACAGCACCGUCACGCUUUUCCUGCCUGGCUUUGAUGCGCAGUCAAUUGACGCGAAAAUCCUUGGUUCGAGCAACUCAAUGACCACCUACCUGCUCAACUGCCCGCCCAAGGAGGAUCCCAACAGCUGCGGUCUCCCAGAUGUUGGAUACACAGUCACCGCAGGUGCCUCCAGUGUGAUUUACGGCAUGAGCUAUGGCGACGAGACAAUCUCCCAAACUUGCAAGCUGGACGGAACCACCUCCGCCACCUGUUGGGCAACUGUUGUCUCCGGCACCAUGACCGAGACCGAGUCCGAUUCGAUUGGAAUCGCAACCAUCCCCUACGGUGGAUUCCAAGCCGUCCACGUCACGGCGACUCAGACUGGCGGUGCAGCUGCUUCAACUGGUGCUUCCGCUUCCGCUUCCACGGCUACCUCGACUUCGACUGGCUCUGGUUCUACUACCACCGGAACGAGCACUGGAUCUGCCUCGCAGAGUGGAAAGACUUCGACAUCUGCGGCUAGCACGAGCGCUUCGCACUCUUCUAACGCCGCUAUACCCAUGAUGACUGCGCAUGGUCUCUGGGUUGCGGGUGGUGCUGCCGCUGCUUUGGCUCUGGUCGCCGUUUAA